AUGGUCGCAGCCUACGCGGGAACAGGAAACCAGGUUUUGGCGAGUCGGUGCUUCUUGACGUUUUGCGAAUUGGAGGAAUAUAACCUUUCGUACAACCAGCUCACCGUGUUCCCAACGACGCCAUUGAACGUGAAAACACUGCGGAAAUUCUACAUCCAGGGGAACAAUAUAAGCAGCUUCGACGUGAACUCGACAACAUUUGGACAAAUUGAAGACUUGGAGGACUUCAAGGCGGACCUACCCAGCGACUCCGCGGUGUGCUCGACGGGCCAAUGGAAAUCUACGCACGGCGCAAGAUUUUGUGUUACCGACAGCACUACAGGAAACUCAUCGAGUGGCACGAGCCCGCUCAUCUUUGUGCUAUUCGCUGGCAUCGUGGUUGUGGUGCUGCUGGCGUGUGUGCUGGUCUUGCAAUGGCUCACGUACAGGAAGGAACGGUCGUCGGAGCUUCACUCGCAUGCAUCGGGCGAUGAGCACUUGUACUCGAUUUUCAACCCCGACUUCGAGGCCCACGAAACGAUGCGCGUGCGUCUCGCAGCAGACCCGAUCAUCGUCACGAACAGAAUCGACUAUGGCGAGGUGAAGCUUGGUCGGUGUAUUAGUCGCGGUGGCUUCGGGUUGGUGUAUGUCGGGACAUAUCGUGGUCGGCGGGUGGCGGUCAAGAAGAUCCGAGUGAAUCGGGACGCCGAAGCAUCGCAGAUUGAACAGUUCAUCCGGGAGAUCACGCUCAUGGCCAUGCUACGGCAUCCUCGCAUUGUGGAGUUCAUCGGCGUGGCGUGGGAGGCCCUCGUGGACUUGUCCGCAGUCACCGAGCUCAUGGAGCGUGGUGACUUGAGCACGGUGCUGCGCAACUGCCGCGAGAAAGGGUAUCGGUUAACCUGGAGCGACCACAAGGCCACGAUCGCACUGCAUAUCGUCGAGGCGCUGGCGUACCUCCACUCGUUGAGUCCGAAGGUGAUCCACCGCGACCUCAAAUCCAAGAACGUCUUACUGAAUGAGGAGAUGCAGGCCAAGCUGAGCGACUUUGGCAUCUCGCGUGAGCACCACGACGUCGAGACACACAUGACCGCCGGCAUGGGCACUUCGUUCUGGAUUGCACCCGAGGUGCUGAACGGCCAGGACUACGACGAGCGGGCCGACGUGUUCUCGUUCGGUGUCGUGCUGUCCGAGCUGGACACGGACGACUACCCGUACUGGGACGCAGCCAACCAGCCGCGCAGCAAGCUUCAAGAGGGCGAGAUCCUGCAGCUCGUGGCCACUGGCCAACUGCGUCCGUCGUUCAGCAGUAGCUGCCCCGCUGCCAUCCUCGAGGUGGCCACCCGCUGCCUGCAAGUGCGACCUGAGGACCGCCCCAGCGCUACGGAGCUGGUGCGGAUUUUCCAGGACUUGGUGCGGCUGGAGUUGUCUUCCAACUCGACGGACCUUCGAGCGUCCUCCCUGAGCAUGGACAGCGUAGAAUAG